CUCGCGCCGGAGCUUGUACCCAGGCUAAUCAAACGACCACAUACUCAACGAGAUCUCACACCCUUUCCAGUGGUGUUAUACGUCAAGUUCCACUUUCUGGUGUAUGGAUACAUCACAACACUAGAAAUAAGGCAGUAAUAAGCCUCUGUUUAUUAGGUGGUAAGACUGCUGCUUUGACCAGUUGACAUGUGUGGUAGAACUGCGUGCACUCUGGCUCCUGACGAGGUGAGUCGAGCUUGCUCGUACAGAAACCGUGGAGGACAGAGAAGACAGCCCCGCUGGAGGGAUGGAGACAUGGACAAAUACCGACCCUCCUACAACAAGAGCCCUCAGUCCAUGAGUCCGGUCCUGCUGUCACAGAGACAUCUUGAUAAGAACGCACCAGUAGAUGAAUGUGUGCUGACCUCCAUGCGUUGGGGUCUCAUACCCUCCUGGUUCAAGGAGAAUGACCCAAGCAAGAUGCAAUACAGUACCAGCAACUGCCGCAGUGAGAAUAUACUGCAGAAAAAGUCCUACAAGGAUCCCAUGCUGAAGGGACAGCGUUGUGUGGUCCUAGCCGAUGGUUUCUAUGAGUGGCAGAGACUGGAAAAGCAGAAGCAGCCUUUCUUCAUCUACUUCCCUCAGAGCCCGGAGAAAAAGGAGGGCCAGGAUGGCCUCUUGACUCUAGUUAGCAAUAAAAAAUCAGAGAUGGUGUGCCCUCCAGGAAAAACCUCCCGUGGAUUUUCAAAGGAACACGAAGAACCACCUGAGUGGACUGGAUGGAGGUUGCUGACCAUGGCUGGACUGUUUGACUGCUGGACACCACCAGAUGGUGGAGAACCCCUUUACACAUACAGUGUCAUCACUGUGAAUGCUUCCCAAAAUCUGCAAAGCAUCCACAAUAGGAUGCCAGCAAUCCUGGAUGGAGAGGAAGAAGUGAGAAGAUGGCUUGAUUUUGGGGAGGUUAAGUCUCUAGAUGCUCUGAAACUGCUUCAGUCUCAAAACAUUUUGACUUUUCACCCCGUGUCCUCUCUGGUUAACAACUCACGCAACAACUCCCCAGAGUGCCUCCAACCAGUGGAUAUCAACAGUAAGAAGGAGCCCAAACCAACAGCAAGCAGUAAGAUGAUGGCGAGCUGGCUGUCCAGCAGCGCCCCUUCAAAGAGGAAGGCCUCCUCCUCAAGUGAUGGCAAAGAGAAGGACAGGAGGGCUCAGGCCAAGUCUAAAGGAGCACUUCAGCAGUGGCUUCAGGGAGCCAGCAAGAAACCAAAAACCAAAUGAAAUAUACAAACUAAUUAAAGCCUAAGAAGAGUUUGAAAGACCACUUCAGCCUUAUUUUCAACUGUUUUCAUCAGUAAGAGAAUUUAUUUUAUUUUACUCAAAUAUUUUAAUGUGACUGAAAGUGUAAGUGUUCUAUCAUAUAAGGAUUUUAUCAAUAAAUACUUAAGUGCUUUA